AUGAAAGUCACAAUAAAACUGGCAUUUACACUAUUUACCCUACUUCCAAUAAGAAAGGCAUCUCAGUACGUUGCGAUAUGGACAAAUCAGGCGGUAAAUGGACUGUUAUACAAAGGAGGAGUUUCUAUACGCGACUUUUAUAAGACAUGGGACGAAUAUGAGACUGGUUUUGGUAACCUCAGAGAUAACUUCUAUCUUGGAAACCGCUUUAUAUAUGAGAUAACCAGCCAAGACAAAUAUCAGCUUCGGGUUGACCUAACAAGCUAUCAAGGAGAAUCGGCAUAUGCCGAAUACAGUCAGAUUUUUAUUGGUGAUUCUGAAUCUAGUUACAAGCUGUAUGUUGGCGGAUACUCUGGUACUGCAGGUGAUGCUCUGAUGUUUCAAAAUGGAAUGAAGUUUACUACAAUGGAUAGAAAAAACGACCCGACAGUUCUCGUAAUUGUGCAAUUACAUUUCACGGUGCGUGGUGGUACGAUACAUGACAUCAUUCAAACCUUAACGGACUGUAUUGCUCUAUCGACUACGGAAAGGGUACAAACUGGUAUGAAUGGAAGGGACACCAUGCUCAUAUGGAGACCAUUAAAAUUCGUCGAAUUUAUAGUUAGUUCGUUUCGACUGAUAAUAAACUGCUUCGGUUGA